AUGGAGGUGGGAAACCAUACCAGAGUAUCAGAAUUCUUCCUCCAGGGCCUCUCAGAUGACCCAGGACUGCAGCCUCUCCUCUUUGGCUUGUUUCUGUUCAUGUACCUCGUCACUGUGCUCGGAAACCUGCUCAUCAUCCUGGCCAUCCUCUCUGACUCCCACCUCCACACCCCCAUGUACUUCUUCCUCUCCAACCUGUCCACGGUUGACAUCUGUUUCAUUUCUACCACCAUCCCUAAGAUGCUGGUGAACAUCCAGGCACAGAGCAAAGACAUCUCCUACACUGGAUGCCUCACUCAGGUGUAUUUUUUUAUGAUUUUUGCUGGAAUGGAUGGUUUCCUCCUGACCGUGAUGGCCUAUGAUCGGUUUGUGGCCAUCUGCCACCCCCUGCACUACACAGUCAUCAUGAACCCACGCCUCUGUGGCCUGCUGGUUCUGGUGUGUUGGGUCAUCAUUUUCUGGGUCUCCCUGAUUCAUGUCCUACUGCUGAGGCAGCUGACCUUCUGUACAGGUACAGAAAUUCCACAUUUCUUCUGUGAAGUGGUUCAGAUUCUCCAGGUGGCCUGCUCUGACACCCUCAUCAAUAACAUCUUCUUGUAUGUGUCGACUGCCAUACUGGGUGUGUUUCCUCUCACUGGGAUCUUCUUUUCAUACUCUCUGAUUGUCUCCUCUUUAAUGAAAAUGUCCUCUGCAGCAGGAAAAUAUAAAGCCUUUUCAACCUGUGGGUCUCAUCUCUCUGUGGUCUCCCUGUACUAUGGGGCAAGCUUGGGACUCUAUCUCAGUCCUGCUGGGGUCCAUUCUUCCCAGAGAAGCUCAGUUGCCUCAGUGAUGUACACUGUGGUCACCCCCAUGCUGAAUCCCUUCAUCUACAGCCUCAGGAACAAGGAUGUGAAGGGGGCCCUGGGAAGACUCCACACUCGAGGAGCCCUUUGUCCAUGA